CGAGGUGUCGAAAGAUUACGAUGCCGCUGUGUACACCGUGGCCGAGUGUUGACAUUCAACAUGGCGGCAUGUCGUCAGUGCUGUGCUGUGUCGUGCUUGUGUCAUUGUUAGUUUAGGACACUUCUGAAACCAAGGCUCAUUGUAAAUUUCACAUUUAAAAGCUGAAGAAGGAAACGCCACUAUAUAGAAAUAUCGGAAGAACACAAUCAGGCUCAGCACGCAUUGAAGACAUCUGAGGAUUUUAACGUCAACAUUUCAAUCCUUUAAAUCUCCUAUGUUUUUGAUUUAUCUCCUUUUGUAAAAGGGACGACUGAUGUGUUUAAAAGGAAGCACAGUUGUUCGAACGUACGCUAAAAAUUUGAGUAUCUAUCAAACGGUUGUUAUUAUAAUAUUCAAGCAUAUACCUAUGGAAAGUAUUGACAGUGUAUGGUGUGCUAAGGUUUUGUACUUGCAUUAAGUCAGAAAUCAGCAUUAACUACACCGUUCAUUUGUAUAUCGUGUACAACAACAACAACAAGCCUUGUGAGCAAGAGAUAGGUGAGCUAAAGUACAGUGAUCGUGAUUGUGAUCGCGGCUGAGAUUCUGCCGCUGUUGUUGCCGCCGCUGCUGCUUGGUUGAUAGAGAACACCCCCUUAUCUGCGUUUAAACGAGUGCCAAGUUUGUGUCGAGCUACUCGUGGCUACUCUCUCGAUAAAUAAUUCACGAUAAAUACGUGCGUUAGGAUAUAUACUUUGAAGAGACCCCCUUUACUUCCACUUCCUGGUCACGAAGCAGCCUGCAUCUCUGCGGCAUUUCAAGGAACCACUCUUCCCUCUCUUCAUUAAGUUCUUGUAACAUUAUAAUAGUGAACAAAGAUAUAAGGUACCAAGAACCGUUCUGUGAUAUCUAUGUUAACACUUAAAUAAUUGAGAAAGACUAAAAAUUUCUAAAUAUAAGUAUAUAUAUUGCGGUGAAACGCAGAAGUGCGAACACGAGAGCGAGAGAGAAAGAGAAACAGAAACAGACAAAGAGAGAGAGGGGAAUUAAGUAAUCGUUUUUUGGAAGAGGAAGAGGCAAAAAAAAGGGAGAAAUUAAAUUAUACAUAAAUAUUAUACACACACACAUAAGUACACACUGCGCGAAUCGAGAAGACAAUGUCCAAUCCUCAGUGGAAAACGUUCCAGCCGCCAAUCAUGAACUCUGACCCAGCAAUACUUGACUACAAGUCGAUGGCUAUAUCAACCCCGAAAGCCAUAACGGGAUCUCACCAGUCGAUGAGCAACAAUUAUCGGAAUGGCACCAACUACAGCGGUGAUCACUAUAUGGGCUCACCGCCCGGGUGCGGCAAGAAUUCGACCACCAACUACGGCAGUUAUCCCGGGGCGCAGUCCUCGCCGAGGAACGGCGCCACGAGAUUCCCGUUCGACUUCACCAGCAUGGACGCGAGCGCCGGUUACACCGGCGAGCCCGCCACCAACAAUUCCAGCUACCAGGAUCAGUCCGCGAAUCAGGGGACGCGGGAGACCGGCAUAAUCGAGAAACUGCUGCACUCUUACGGAUUCAUACAGUGCUGCGAAAGACAGGCAAGACUGUUUUUUCAUUUUAGCCAAUUUAGUGGUAACAUUGAGCAUUUGAAAAUUGGAGACCCGGUAGAGUUCGAGAUGACCUACGACCGGCGAACGGGCAAGCCCAUUGCCAGCACCGUCAGCAAAAUAGCUCCAGUGGCGUUGGGCGAUCAACGAUGCAUCGGUAACGUGACGACGGAAUUGCAAGCGAGUGGCGAUUCGCAGGGGCGUAUCAGCUACGAGAACCGAGGGGAGUGCUUCUUCCUGCCGUAUACCAAAGACGACGUCGAGGGCAACGUCACUUUGCGCGCUGGUGAUAAAGUGUCAUUUCAGAUCGCUACGAAUCAACGAGGGAACCUGGGCGCGUGUAACGUGAGGCUGGAGAACCCGGCGCAUCCGGUUCGCUAUCGCGGAGUGGUGUGCUCGAUGAAGGAGAACUUCGGCUUCAUCGAGCGCGCCGACGUCGUCAAGGAGAUAUUCUUCCACUUUAGCGAGGCCAAGUCCAUGAAGGAGGAACUCAGGCUAGGGGACGACGUCGAGUUUAUAAUACAGACGCGCAACGCAAAGGAGGUGGCUUGCAACAUUACGAAGCUGCCGCCCGGCUCGAUCGUCUUCGAGGAGGUCAGCAACGAGGUGGUGAAGGGCCAGGUGCUGAAGCCCCUGGAGAGGGGCACCGCCGCUCGUCAUCAAAACGAUCCCUUACCCGGACGUAUCAAGUACAGGGACAGCAAUCACUCUGAAGUUGAAGUACCGUUCGGCGAUAAAGAUCAAAAGGGAGACUUUACUCUCAGGCACGGAGACUGGGUUCAGUUUCGCAUCGCAACGGACACGAGGGAUCAGCUGAAGAGAGCUACGGAGAUCAUGUUGCUGCCGGAAUCGUUCACCGUUUCCGGAGAGAGACGGGAGCAAGGUACCAUACAGACUCUCAAGGACGGGUUCGGCUUUAUCCGUUGCGUCGACCGGGAGCCCCGACUGUUCUUUCACUUCAACGAGGUUCUCGACGUCGACAGGGAGAUCAGCGUGAACGAUGAGGUCGAAUUUACCGUUGUACAGGAUCCUUCGUCAUCGUUUUCGAAUUCUCGACAAAAUGCCAUUAGACUGAAACAUCUGCCAACCGGUACGGUGAAAUUCGAGACCAUUACAGAGAAGGAUAUACCGGGCGCUGUAAUACAGGACACGAGUCUAAUCGAGCCCGGCCUGAUCAGCUACGGCCAGCAGAAGAGCAUUAUUUUCUUCCCGAAAGAUUGCGACCCGAAACAUAUUCCAAAAUUGGGCGACAAGGUGAUGUUCAAUAUUUGUCAAGUGAAGCGAAAUAAGGAGCUCGUCGCCGUGGACAUAUGUUUAGUGAACGCUGCCGGUGAGAAGAUCCAAAGUGUUAACAAAAAAUCAAACAACAACGGACAGGUUUGCCAAGGUUUUAUCGCCGCGCUGAAGGACGGAUUCGGCUUUAUCGAGACGGUGAAUCACGACAGAGAGAUAUUUUUUCACUACAGUAACUUUGAGGGAGACGCCAGCACGUUGGAGCUAGGUGCCGACAUCGAGUGCACGAUCAGCAGCUCGAACAACGGCAGGGGCUCCGGCGGCUGCGUGGCUGCCGAUCACGUGAAGCUGGUGCCGCGCGGGAGCAUCCCCAGGCCGACACCGGUCAGCGAGGCGCUCGACGGCACGGUGAUGCGGCCGCUGCGCAGCGCGAAUCCCGAGCAGGCCGAGUACGCCGGCCUGAUCAGGAUCAACGCGAGCAACGAGGACGAGGAGACGCCGGAGUACGAGUUCGGGAUCAUGGGCCUCUCGAACAAGCGGGAGCUACUGCAGGCCGGCGACCCGGUGCAGCUGCAGGUCGACUCGGCCGGUCACGCCUGCAACAUCGUGGCCGUGAGGAAGAAGCGGAGGGCGACGGUCGACGCGGUGAAGGGGCCCUUCGGCUUCCUCGCUUACGAGGUCGACGAGGGUAAGAAGCUGUUCUUUCACAUAAGCGAGGUGCGAGACCACGCGACGUUGCAGCCGGGCGAUCAGGUGGAGUUCGUCCUGGUCACCAAUCAGCGCACCGGCAAGUCGUCGGCGUGCAACGUGACUCGGCUAAGCGACGCGGUGCAGCAGCGACCGGAGCGGUUGAUCAGCCGAUUGCGCACGAUAUCGAUGGAGGACACGGGGCCGAAGUUGACCGUGGUCAGGCAACCGAAGGGGCCCGACGGCACGCGCGGGUUCAGUCAGGAAAGAUGCCGGCAUAUUCCCGGUGCCAUAGAAGAGUAACUCGCCAUGAGACACGGGGGUUUAUUGAUUAUCCAAAAUUAUAAUCUACAAUUUAUUUGUUUCUCUUUUCUUUUAGUCCAUACACUUCGGUAUCGAAGUUACUAUUGUAAGCAUGAUCGUAAAAACAUUUGCCAAAUUCAGACUAAUGUGACAACAAUAAUAAUUAUAAUGAUAUUAAUCUCGAAUUGGAUGGUGGUGAUCGUGGGCCGAGAAAGAAUAUAAAAGUAAAAAACAAAAAAAAGGAAAAAAAGAACAACGACUCAUUUCAUCACCUCACGAGGGGUAAGAGGAAACGGGGAGAUCAAUCUGUCUUGUUAUUAUCUCGGAUUUAAAAAAAAAAACGUUCGAGAUUUACCUCACGCGCGCGAUCGGUUUCUUUCUUCAGUUCGAGUCUCGUAUCUUGAUGAAUUAAUCGCUAGGCUACCCAUUCGAUGUUACUUUCUCGAGCGUAGUCGAUAGCCUGUAGGAUCCGUCGGAAUUUUUCAAUUCCUAUUUUCGUAGAAACUUGAUCGAGAGAUCGUUCUGUUGAUUGAUUGAUUGAUUGAUCGAUCGAUCGAUAACGACGUACGUACGAAAAUAGGUAUCCCGGAAUUUAGGGGGUGGCAACUGUCGGCUAAUCUGCCUAUUUGUAUGCUUUAAGACGAUAUCUGUCCUGAAUUAUGAGAACGAAAGGAAAUAUAUAUAUAUAUAUACUUACACGUUUUUUUUUAUACGAUUUUUUUCUUUGAAUCGCUCGUUUUUUUUUUUAUCUAUUGCGUAAUGUCGUAAUGUAAAAUGUACAAUAGGUAAAGGGAGAGAACGCAGAAUUUACAGGCAACGUGGAGAUUUAUUGGUUAAAUCGUUAAAUUGAAGAGCAACCUUACAUGUUACAGUUUCCUUCUCGAAAUUGUCUGUAUGGUUUUUAUCGUGUUAUUAAGGAAGCAAGAUACGUUUUUUGUCAUAAAAUAAAUUAAAUUAUGGUAACCGAGUCGAUUCUCUGUUGAACAUAGUGUCUAUGAAUUUGUAAAGGAAAGGAAGUUACGACCUGGCCAACAAUGUUUGUCUUAGAUAAUAUAUAUAUAAAUAUAUAUUAUAUAUAUAUAUAUAAAUAUACAUGUCGUUAAGUUCCUCUGAUGCAGUCUCGUGUUGUAAAAUCAAAUUAGUAUUACGGAUUCUGUGGACAUGCAGCAAUGGAAGUUACAAACAAAAAAAAACAAAAAAAACAAUACCUAUGUAAAGAGUAAGAGGUCACGUUUUGUAAGUUUUGCCAUUCGAGGUAAGCGAAGAUAAAUGUGGCAUUAUUGUAGAGAAUAUUGUGAGAGGAAAAAAAUAACGUAAGAAGUAAGAGUAAAGUACGUAAAAAAAAACAACACAAGCACGAUACAAACUAAGCGCUUGUUUCGAAACUCAUGGAUCCAACACAUCAUGUGCAUACAUAUUGUAAAAUUAUUGAUGAAUAAACAGUGAAAGCA